AUGGAAACAAUCCGCCGAACUCACAUUAAGUCCCUCGCCCACCGCGGCACGAUUCAAGGCAUGACAAUUUCAACAUCGUCUUCUCCCACCAGUCAAGCAAAGGACCUCUGCCACUACUUCGGCGGAGUCCGCUACGGCCUUGCCCCCGCCGAGCGCUGGCGCCGUGCCCAGCCUCUACCUGUAUCCUUCACCUACGGCAGUGAAGAAGCACCCGGCCGCUGUGAUGAGGGUGCGGGGCUUUGUCCUCAGCCAGGCUUUAGACAUAUAGCCGAGACCCCGGAUGUGUGGAACGAGGAUUGCUUUCAGUGUAAUGUUUGGACGCCUGUUGGGGAGGCUCCUGAGGGGGGAUGGCCUGUUUUUGUUUUUAUUCAUGGUGGGUGGCUUCAAUUCGGCACGCCGAAUUCAUUCAAUGCGGCUGCAUUGAUCGGCGAGGCUGAUUUCAACUGCGUGGUUGUGAUGCCUGCAUAUCGGGUCAACCUAUUCGGAUUCCUCUACUCAGCAGAGCUGGAAGAGGACGCAGCCACUGUCGGAGAGACAGUUGGAAACCACGGGUUCUGGGACCAGAGACUAGCACUGGAGUGGACAAAGGAGAAUAUCCAGCUAUUCGGCGGCAAUCCCGAGACCAUCACGAUCUCAGGAUAUUCCGCAGGUGCCAACUCUGUCUUCCACCAACUAGCGUACGACCUCCGCCAACCAGACGAGAAGUCCCUCAUCCGCCAAGCCUGCAUCUGGUCAAACAGCCCAGCCGUCCAGCCCAAGCAGCCAACUGAAACGCAAACGCAAUUCAACCAACUACUAACAGCCCUGGACAUCCCACUUACCUUGCCCUAUAAUGAGAAACUCACCCUUCUACGCUCAAUUCCCGCAAAAACUCUUCUCGACAAAGCAAAAACUAUCCCCCUUCACCAAUUCCGCCCAACAACGGACAAAUUCUUCAUCUCUCCAUCCCUCUUCACAACCCUCGACACCGGCACCUUCGCCCGCAGCCUCUUAGCCCGUAAUAUCCGCAUUAUAAUAGGCGAAUGUUGCGACGAGAGCUUCCUCUACAGCUCAUGGUUCCCACCAACGGACAAUACCCUCUCAGCCCUCCGCACCCGUCUCAUCGCAGAUUACCCAGAACACAUCGUCGACGCCGUCAUACCGCUGUAUUACCCGGACGGCCGUCUACCAGCGCACUGCAAGAACUGGGACCAGGAUGCAUGGGGAAAGAUCUACGCCGAUAUGCAGGUUCAUCAGAUGCAGCGCGGACUUGUGUAUGCAUUGACGGAGAACGAGGAUGGGGUUGAUGCUUCGUCGUUACUAUUUCGAUAUCGGAUUGAGUGGCGGGCGAAGUGUGUGGAGGAUACUUUGCCGGUUGAGUGGGGGGUUACGCAUUCUUCGGAUUAUCCGGUUUGGUUCUUUGGGAAUGGGGGGUUGUUGGGGGAGGGGGAGAAGGGGGUUGUGAAGGAAGGGUUUAUUGAUCCGUUAGGGAGAUUUGUUCGUGGAGAAGGGGAGUUUGGAUGGGGGGCUUCUGGUGGUAGAUUGGUGAGGACGUUGAGGAGGGAUGGGAGUGUUGAUAUUGUGGAGGAUGAGGGUUGGGAUGAGGGUGUUAGGGUUUGGAAGGUGGUUAGGGAAGCUGGGAAGUAG